GGGGGGAGACUUCCUGUUUGAGGUCAGCGGCGGGAGGGGAGAGGAGCGGAGCGGAGGGAGGGGGCGCGCGGCGGCGCCGCUCCGCGGUCUCGCGCUGCCUGGCGGGGUUCUUGUCAGUUAGCAACAAAAUGGCCGCGGUGGCAGCAGCUCUGCUCCCGAGGACGGCGGCGGCGUCCGUGGCGGCGGCGGUGGCGGCGGCGAGGCGGAGCGGGGGCCCGGCCCGGCAGCACUGAGCCCGGCACCGCCUGCCUGCGAGCGGACGAGCCGAGAGCGAGCGGGAGAGACGGAGAGAGGCGCUGCGGGCCCCCCCGCACCCUACCGCAGCCUCCGCCGGCGAGACCGACCGACCGACCGACCCACCCUGCCCGCGACGCUGCUGCGGCCCCCUGGGGAGACGCUGCCGCCUCAGCCUGCCGCCCGCCCCCGGGGGCGCAGACGCCCGGCUCCCGGCCCCCCGCCGCCGCAGCCCCCCCGAGAGGCUCCGCCGGGUCCCUCGGAGGAGACGGCGGGAGCCCGCGGGAUCUCUCCUCCUGCCCCCGGACCCCCCUGAGAGCGAGGCAGACAGACAGACAGACUGUUGGGUUUCCCCACUCCCCCUUUGCGGGUCCCCGUCCCCCCUCCCCGCGAAAGACUUGGCUGGAUCCUCCUACUCGGGUCCCCUCCCCGCGCUCGCUCCUUCCUGCGGGAGAGGCUGCCGGAUCCUCCUCCUGCGAGAGAGGCUGCUGGAUCGCUUCGCCCGGCUCCCGGCGAGAGGCUGCCGGAUCCUCCUCCUGCGAGGGACUGCUGCGGGUCCUCCCCCCGCGGAUCGCCCCGCCGGAGGGACUCGCGAGGAUCCUCCUCCCGCCCGCACCCCCAUGAGACUCCGGACCCCCCGCGGCUCCGUUCUUCUGGAGGGGGGGAUCCGUCCUGAACUGUUUCCCGGGCCCUCGUUUCUCUUUUUAAUUUGCACUUUUUAAAACCCUCAGAUGCUCCUCCAUGUGGACUGAGACUCCAUCAAGGCACACACACGAGAACUCAUCCUGGUCAGCUCCAGAUCCUGGCUUUCGUGGGCUUUGCUGCAACACAUAAACUUGUAUUUAAGACACAGUCGUGCAAAAAUUUAGCUGGGGACUUGAGGUGUAUUUUGUCUUGUUUCCUUGGUCUUGUUUUUUUUUGCUUCACUGGAAAUCAAAAGCUUGUUUUGGAAUUGGACCUGCCUUUGCUGCACUUCUCCUCUGGGCUGGAUAACACUGAAGCUCUUUGCUUUUCUACUUGGAUAGUGUUUUCUUGUUGAUCUGUUGUUUUUUCUCCUGUGUGGCAGACUUUUUUUUUUUUUGAGGGGGGUAAGCAAACGACAACAAAAAAACUUAAUUUUUUGGCCGUGUGAGAUUUUUUUCGUAUUCAGAUUCGUGAAAUUACGGGUACACUUAAAAAAAAAAAAAAAGCAUUAAAUAAAAAAGGAACACGUCAGAAAGACCCCUACACGGUAGACAAAAUACUCACUUGUUUCCUUACAGCAAGACUGAAUCGAAAGCUGCCAAAGAGCCCCAUAAAGAAAAGACUAAAAGGCACCUGUGGAGAAGGGUCCGCAGAGCAUCAUAGACCUGAAGACCUCAGUACCCUGUAACAAAUCAAAAAAAAAAAAAAAAAAGGCUAUAUUAUACAGUAGAAGAUCAAGAGCUAUAUUAGUGUUCUGUUUCUGUGAAGGACUUCUAGUGGAAUUUCUUUAAGCAGGGAGAAAGAACAAGAAACACAAGAAGAGGAACAUUUGAUGGAAGAAAAGAAAAAGAAAAAGCAGGAAGAAAAGAAAAAGAAGGAAGGUGCUCAGAAAAAGGCUGCUGAACAAAAAACCAAAGUGCCAGAACCUAUUAAGACCAGUUUAAGCCAGCCCCAACCUGCCGGUAGCGGUACCAGUACUUCCACCAGCACUAUUACCAACAGCAGCAAUGGCAAGCGGGCACCCGCGAGCGGGCAGCAGCCGGCUGCCUCCCGCUACCUGCCUCGAGAGGUGCCUCCGCGCUUCCGCCAGCAAGAACAGAAGCAGCUCUUAAAGAGGGGUCAGCCGCUGCCCGCGGGGACGCUCGCUGCCACCAGCCCGGCACAAGGGCCUGGGCAAGCAGGGGCGAGUCCUCCUCCGCAGCCGGGAGCCGGCGGACAGCAUCAUCCCAGUAAGACCCAAACAGAUCUCAGUCACAGUGGAUUGGGAGACCAUUAUGAAAAUUCCCACUGGGGACAGCAGCCCACUUUCCGGAGUGACGGCAACUGCAGCUGGGAUAAAGUGAUAAUAGACAGGACUGACAAGGAAGCGUGGCCUUCCAUUACAGGAGCUGAGACUGAAUCUGCCUCAGAAUGUACUACAGACACUGACUCUGCCUCCAACUGUGGCUCAGAGAACAGUAGCAUGGCUACAGGGAGUGCCCAAGGCAACUUCACUGGACAUACAAAGAAAACUAAUGGCAAUAAUGGCGCCAAUGGAGCACUCGUCCAAAGCACUUCUAACCAGAGUGCCCUUGGAGCUGGUGGAGCAAACGGUAAUGGAAACUCGGCCAGAGUGUGGGGUGUGGCUGCAGGCUCCAGCUCUGGCCUAGCUCACUGCUCUGCCAGCGGUGGGGAUGGAAAGAUGGACAACAUGAUUGGAGAUGGUAGAAGUCAAAACUGCUGGGGUGCUUCCAACUCAAAUGCUGGCAUUAAUCUUAACCUUAACCCUAAUGCCAAUCCAGCUGCCUGGCCUGUACUUGGACAUGAAGGAACUGUGGGAGCAGGCAACCCUUCCAGUAUUUGCAGUCCAGUCAGUGCCAUAGGUCAGAACAUGGGCAACCAGAAUGGGAACCCGUCAGGCACCUUAGGUGCCUGGGGAAACUUGCUGCCGCAAGAGAGCACAGAACCACAAACGUCCACUUCUCAGAAUGUGUCUUUCAGCGUACAACCUCAGAACCUUAACACUGAUGGACCAAAUAACACUAACCCCAUGAACUCUUCACCAAACCCUAUCAAUGCAAUGCAGACAAAUGGACUGCCGAACUGGGGGAUGGCUGUUGGUAUGGGGGCCAUCAUCCCGCCCCACCUGCAAGGCCUUCCUGGUGCUAAUGGAACAUCAGUUUCUCAAGUCAGUGGGGGCAAUGGUGAAGGAAUGGGCAGUUCAGUGUGGGGGAUGUCCCCAGGUAAUCCUGCCACAGGAAACAGCAAUUCUGGGUUCAGUCAGGGGAAUGGAGACACUGUGAACUCAGCAUUAAGUGCUAAACAAAAUGGAUCCAGCAGUGCUGUGCAAAAGGAAGGAAACGGAGCAAAUGCAUGGGAUUCGGGGCCCCCCUCUGGUCCUGGGGUACUAGCAUGGGGCAGGGGCAGUGGCAACAGUGGUGUUGGUAGUAUGCAUUCUGGAGCUUGGGGCCACCCCAACCGUAACACGAGCAAUGGUGUAAACGGUGAGUGGGGCAAGCCCUCAAACCAGCAUUCCAAUAGUGACAUCAAUGGGAAAGGAUCAACAGGGUGGGAUAGCUCUAGUGUUACCAGUCCGAAUCCUGCCAUGCAGCAGGGCAAUGAACAAAUGAACUCUUGGGCCAAAGCUGCAGCAUCUGGCACCACAGCUAGCGAAGGAAGUAAUGACAGCGGUGGGAGUCAAAAUGAAGGCAGUACUGGGAGGGAGGGGGCUGGAGAAGGCAGGAGGAGAGACAAAGGGAUGAUAGACCAAGGGCAAGUUCAGUUGCCAAGAAAUGAUCUUGACCCCAGGGUCCUGUCCAAUACAGGGUGGGGACAGACCCCUGUAAAGCAAAACACUGCCUGGGAAUUUGAAGAGUCCCCAAGGUCUGAACGAAAGAAUGACAAUGGAACAGAGGCCUGGGGUUGUGCAGCUACUCAAUCUUCAAACUCAGGGGGGAAGAACGAUGGGUCCAUCAUGAACAGUACAAAUACCUCUUCAGUAUCUGGGUGGGUCAACUCUCCACCUGCAGCUGUUCCAACAAAUACAGGUUGGGGAGACAAUAACAACAAAGCACCAAAUGGCCCAGGGGGAUGGGGAGAGUCAGCAAGCUCUACUACUGUUAAUAAUGCUGCUGCUGCCAAAAGCGGCCACGCUUGGAGUGGGACCGCAAAUCAGGAGGACAAAUCACCUACCUGGGGUGAACCUCAGAAACCCAAAUCUCAAAACUGGGGAGAUGGACAGAAAUCAAAUCCAAGCUGGACUUCGGGAGGUGGAGAUUGGGCAGAUUCAUCAUCUGUUCCUGGACACUUGGGUGAUGGGAAGAAGAAUGGAUCUGGAUGGGAUUCUGACAAUAGAUCAGGGUCUGGUUGGAACGAUUCCACAAGGUCUGGGACCAGUGGGUGGGGAAAUGGCACAAACAGCAAGGCUAAUACAGGUACAAGUUGGGGGGAAUCUUUAAAACCAGGCCCCCAGCAAAAUUGGGCUAAUAAACCCCAGGACAGCAAUGUGAGUAACUGGGGAGGAGCUGCUUCUGUCAAACAGACGGGGUCGGGGUGGGUUGGUGGGCCAGUGCCAGCCAAACAAAAAGAGAACUGUGAGGCAACUGGCUGGGAAGAGCCAUCUCCACCGUCCAUUCGCCGCAAGAUGGAAAUCGAUGAUGGUACCUCAGCUUGGGGCGACCCAAAUUACAACAACAACAAGACUGUAAACAUGUGGGAUAGAAAUAAUCCUAUUAUUCAGAGCAGUACCACAACCAAUACCACCACCACUAGCACCAUUAUCAACACAAAUAUGGUUGAACCUCAGCCAUCGCACCAGUCAAGUGCCCAGCCGAACCGGUCCCCGCUGCUUGGUCCAGCAGGCUGGGGCGAAAUGCCUACUGUCCACACAAAGACCGAAGCUUCUUGGGGAGAGCCGUCCUCCCCUUCUGCUGCAGUUGAUAAUGGCACUUCGGCGUGGGGGAAGCCCCCCAGCAGUGGUACAGGGUGGGGAGAUAAUCCUGCCGAGCCGGCGGGGACGUACGGAAGAACAACCGCUCCAGCUGCUGCCCCAGCACUGUGCAAACCAGCUUCAAAAUCUAUGCAAGAAGGCUGGGGCAGUGGUGGGGAUGAAGUGAAUCUCAGUACUAGUCAGUGGGAAGAUGAAGAAGGAGAUAUGUGGAAUAAUACUGCUUCUCAAGAGAGCAGCUCCUCCUGUAAUUCCUGGGGGAAUGCCCCGAAGAAAGGACUUCAAAAGGGCAUGAAGACAUCUAGCAAGCAAGAUGAGGCCUGGAUCAUGAACCGUCUGAUAAAACAGCUCACAGACAUGGGCUUCCCUAGAGAGCCAGCGGAAGAGGCCUUGAAGAGCAACAAUAUGAAUCUCGAUCAGGCCAUGAGUGCUCUGCUGGAAAAGAAGGUGGAAAUGGACAAGCGUGGAAUGGGAGUGACCGACUACAAUGGAAUGGUCACCAAACCCCUUGGCUGCCGCCCACCACCAAUCUCCAAAGAGUCUUCCAUGGACCGCCCCACCUUCCUUGACAAGGAUGGCGGCCUAGUGGAAGAGCCCACUACUUCACCAUUUUUGCCUUCACCAAGCCUGAAGCUCCCCCUUUCAAACAGUGCACUCCCUAAUCAGACCCUGGGCGGGAUUGCCUCAGGGCUGGGCAUGCAAAACUUGAAUUCUUCUAGACAGAUACCGAGUGGCAAUCUGGGUAUGUUUGGCAAUAGCGGAGCAGCACAAGCCAGGACCAUGCAACAGCCGCAGCAACCGCCAGUGCAACCUCUUAAUUCAUCCCAGCCUAGUCUUCGUGCUCAAGUGCCUCAGUUUCUAUCCCCUCAGGUUCAAGCACAGCUUUUGCAGUUUGCAGCAAAAAACAUUGGUCUCAACCCUGCACUAUUAACCUCGCCAAUUAAUCCUCAGCAUAUGACGAUGUUGAACCAGCUCUAUCAGCUGCAGCUGGCGUACCAACGUUUACAAAUCCAGCAGCAGAUGUUACAGGCUCAGCGUAAUGUUUCCGGACCCAUGAGACAACAGGAGCAGCAAGUUGCACGUACAAUCAAUAACAUGCAGCAGCAGAUCCAGCAGCACCAGCGCCAGCUGGCCCAGGCCCUGCUUAUGAAGCAGCAGCCUCCCCCUCCACAUCUAUCUUUGCACCCCUCUGCAGGCAAAUCAGCCAUGGAUAGCUUUUCACCCCAUCCCCAGGCUCCCGGCCUACCUGACCUGCAGACCAAAGAGCAACAGUCUUCACCGAACACCUUUGCUCCUUACCCUCUUGCUGGACUGAACCCGAACAUGAAUGUAAAUAACAUGGACAUUACUGGUGGUUUGUCAGUGAAGGACACUUCUCAGUCCCAGUCUCGCCUUCCUCAGUGGACUCACCCCAACUCAAUGGAUAAUCUGUCUAGUGCUGCUUCUUCGCUUGACCAGAACUCCAGCAAGCACGGUGCUAUCCCUGGAGGUUUAAGUAUUGGUCCUCCGGGAAAGUCCUCCAUUGAUGACUCUUACGGCCGGUAUGAUCUGAUCCAAAACAGUGAGUCGCCAGCCAGUCCACCUGUAGCUGUUCCUCACAGCUGGUCACGUGCCAAAACCGAUAGUGAUAAAAUUUCCAAUGGCUCCAGCAUAAACUGGCCACCAGAAUUUCAUCCAGGAGUGCCAUGGAAAGGACUGCAGAACAUUGAUCCUGAAAAUGACCCUGAUGUUACUCCUGGAAGCGUUCCGACUGGGCCCACCAUAAACACCACCAUACAGGAUGUUAAUCGCUAUCUUCUCAAGAGUGGAGGGUCAUCCCCAACAUCAUCUCAGAAUGCCACGCUGCCUUCAUCGAGUGCCUGGCCGCUUAGUGCCUCCGGCUACAGUAGCUCUUUCAGCAGCAUUGCAUCCGCACCUAGCAUUGCAGGUAAAUUGUCAGACAUCAAGUCGACAUGGUCCUCUGGCCCAAUCUCUCACACACAAGCCUCUCUAUCCCAUGAACUAUGGAAGGUACCCAGAAACACUACUGCUCCUACAAGACCGCCUCCAGGCUUAACAAACACCAAGCCAUCAUCUACUUGGGGUGCCAGUCCACUGGGUUGGACCAGCUCUUACUCCUCCGGUUCUGCAUGGAGUACUGACAGCUCAGGAAGAACGAGCAGCUGGCUGGUUCUUCGAAAUCUCACACCCCAGAUCGACGGUUCCACGCUGCGGACGCUGUGUUUGCAGCAUGGCCCUCUAAUAACAUUCCACCUGAACCUGACGCAAGGGAACGCUGUGGUCCGAUACAGUUCCAAGGAAGAAGCAGCCAAGGCCCAAAAGUCUCUGCAUAUGUGCGUCCUGGGAAACACUACCAUCCUGGCCGAGUUCGCCGGCGAAGAGGAGGUGAACCGCUUCCUGGCGCAGGGGCAGCCGCUGCCGCCCACCUCCAGCUGGCAGUCGGGCGGCGGCGGCGGCGGCCAGGGCCGCCUGGGCUCCGGCGGCGGCGGCGGCCACGGGCUGGUGCGCGGCGACGGCGGGCACUGGCCGGCGCCCUGCCUGGGCGGCAAGGGCAGCAGCGACCUGCUGUGGGGCGGCGUGCCCCAGUACUCCAGCAGCCUCUGGGGCCCCCCCAGCGCCGACGACGGCAGGGUGAUCGGGAGCCCCACGCCGCUGAACACCCUGCUUCCGGGGGACCUGCUCAGCGGGGAGUCCAUCUAGGGGGGAGAAGCCACGCGACGGAAGUUACAAUCAUCAGCACUAAAGGAGAAACGGAACAGAACAACAGCAACAAAAACAACGGAGCGGAACCCUUUCCAGGCCCGGGCUUGGCGAAGAACCCAGCUUUAACAGAUCAGACUGGCAGCCCUUUUUUAGUACCUCUGUCCAAUAUCGACGAUGAGACUGCAGAAGCCCUUGUGAACUGUUAAGGCAACAGUAUGGGCGACUUUUGGUCAGUGUCCCGUGCUAAUGACAGGUUUUGGUUUUUUUUUUCAUGGCUUUUCGUUUUGUUUCACGUUGUCUUUUUAUGUUUGUACGGUGAUAUUUUACAAACCAAGUAUAAAAGCUGCUUAGAAUAGGUCUAUCAUGAAGGGCACUUUUCAGAAUUUGGGCUGGAAAGGGUUAUUUUGUCGAAGCGGGAUGGGGAGGGAAAGGGGGAAAAGAAAAGCCUAUUUAAAAAUGAGCCUGUGACUAUUAUGCACAUUACCGGAGGCGGACCCAGUAAUCAGAAAGGGUGAAGUGUGAUAUUUAGCGCUGGUACAGAAAAGGAAGGAAUCUGAACGGUAACCAUUGACUGUACAGGUCGAGCGGGGGAGGGCGGGGGGUCGGGGUAUCUCUGUGUCCACUACUCCCAUGGAUCUGCCUAUGCACAUUACCCUUGUUUCAUUACUUUUUUUCCAUGUCAUUUUUUUUAAAUCCCAAAAAUCUAAAAAGUUUAAAAAAAAACAAAAAAAACAAAAAAAAAACAUAUCAAACAUGCAAAUACUUGAAUCCAGCAGGCCAAUAACAAAAUGUGAACACUUUCUAAGUCUAAUUAUUACACUUCCAGGUCGGCAUCAGUACACAAAAAACAGGCUCUAAGAAUUUUUUUUUUGAAGUUCAGACUAUAUGUUUUGUUGGGACAGACGUGUGUGUGUGUGUGUGUGUGUGUGUGCGUGUGCUUGCGUGUGCGUUUGUGUGUGUGUGUGUGUGUGCGCGCCCAAGUGUGAUUUAACUAAAAGUGUGAAUUUUUUCCUUUUAUUCAGUAUAUGCUUUUUAUUUGCUCAUUGGUCAAAUGUUUAAUUGUUAUUAGCUUCUAACUUUGCACUGAGUGUCCGCAGCCCUUCUUGUAGCUAAUCCUAUAAUGUUAAAAAGAAAAAAGAAAAAAAAAAAAAGAAACAAACUGAUAGAAGGGGCCGGCGACAAUUCACGUGUAAAUGUUUACUCAAGGACUCUUACCGCAUUUUAAAAAUUACAGUGUGUAUCUCUGGAGAAUAAUAUGUAUAUCUACCUUUAGCGGCUUUUUAUUGUGGACUAAUGCAAGAAAAUUAUUACCGGAGUAUUGCACCGUUUUUUCCAUUCGGAAUAUAAAGUUUAAAAAAAAAAAUACUCUUGUUGAACUGUGGCCAUAGAUAAUUGUAAAGAGUGGAUAGUUCCCUUGCAAGCAGGAACAGAAACAAGCACUUGGACAUAGGUUUUGACUGCUUUUGGAGGAGCCAGGAGUUUUGGCUCCCACCUGUUUACAGACCUUUUUUCUCCUUCAAACUUUAACAUAAAAAAGGAAUUAAAAAAGAAAAAAAAAGAAAAAAAAAAAGACUUCCAUCGUAAAGAAAACUAUUUUCAGAAUGAAGAUAUGCUACUUCAGAGCUCUGGGAUUGAACAGUGUUGUUGUAUUAUUCUUUUCUUUGGCCAUUGCUGUGUACUAUUUUUGUUGUUGUUUUCCUCCUCUUCGUCAAAGUGGCGAAAACUUUGUGAUCACUAUCUUGCACAUGGUGGAAGAUGUCUCAGGAAAGCCGGGUUUCCCGAGGAGCAACUCCACACCAUUUCAUGUAUUUUUAAAACCCAACUCCUAGCACUGAAGAUAUUAUUAAAAAACAAAAUAAAAUAAAAAAAAGACAGUAAGAAAGAAGAAAAUACCUAAUCUAAUGUGUAGCAGUUACAUAUUUACCAAAUAAUGGACUCAAAAGAAAUAGAUGUUUGAAGAGUGCUUUAUAUAUUAAAAAAAUUGCUUUAUGUUUAAAAAAAAAAAAAAAAGAUCAAUGUUUUGAUUGUUUUGAAAGGAAGAAAGACAAUGGAAUAACAUACACUUCAAGUAUGUUUUAAAAAAUUAUAUGAACAUUGUGCUCCCUGCCUGCUUGGAUCAGGAAACUUGUGCAUUACAUUUUUUUUUUUUUUUUUGGAAGAUUAGCUUUUUAAUGGUUUUAUCAGAUUUAAAGGGUCCUGCAAGAUUGCAAAUUAACAAAAGCUGGUUUUAUAGAGGAUCAUGAACUAUGCACAAACUGGGUUCAAGACUUGUUUUUUUUCUCAAGUUUUAGUAGUGUAUUUAGCUGAAUAACCUUUCCUCAGAGUAAUUGCAUCUCAUUGCCAUUACACGCCUCCUACAUAUAUAUUUUAUAUAUAUAUAUAUAUACACACACACUCUUAUAUAAAAUAUGUAUGUGUGUAUGUGCGUGUUUACAUACAAUUUUCCAUGCUGAAGUUUAGCAUUGAGUUGUAGAAAAACUCCUGAUAUUUUAAAAUUGGGGAUGAAAGUUGAAAUUUCUGUUUAAGGGUUUUCAGGGGGUUGGGUUUGGGGCUUUCUUUUUUUUUUUUUUUUUUUGCCUUUCCUUUUGGAUUAAACAUGUCUGUAACUCUGAGAUUAAAAAAAAAAUGUGGCUUUUAAUGUUAUUUCUCCUCAUAGAAUGUGAUUGUUAAAAGAACAUGCACCGAAAGUUGCUUUCAAGAGUACGAAGAUUCUUUGAAACUUAAUAAAUUGCAGUUUUUUCUUGGCUGUUCAAAUAA